AUGGAAAGCAUCCUCAAACUGCUGCAAAUCUCACUGGGGAAGCCGCAGAACACCGGUGCUAUCCCGAAGAUCCUCAAAGUCACCUCAACCGCUUUCGAGGAGUGGCGAAACAGCAUGCAGCGGAAGGAUCUCGACCCGAUUCCAGAAGAGUUAAGCGAAGAGACGAAGAAAAACGAGCAAAACUUGCUUGUGCUCCUUCAGCAGCUCGAGGAUCAGCGCGCCGAGGACCAGCAGUUGCAGCGCCAGCGGGAAGAGCAGCUCAAACGCAAGCUGCAGCAGCAAGAACGUGAGCAAGCGAAGCCGAAGCAAGAACUGCAGCGUCGACUUCAGCAGGUGGAAGCAGAGCAGAAGGAAGAAAUGCAGCGUUUACUGCAGCAGCAACAAAGAGAGCUGGCCGAGCAGAAGCGGGAGCUGAAACAGCGUCUCAAGGAGCAGAAGCAACAGCAAGCCAAACAGCAAGAAGAGCUUGACCGUUUGCGAGAGCUCGAGAGGCUGCAAAAGCUGGCAGAAUCUCGGGACAAGAACCACUCGUCGGCAGCGGGCCGCAACGGCACGGUCGAAAACAACGAAAGCCGAUCAACAGAAAGCAUCCGAUCAGGAACAACAUCUGUACCAAGCGUUGACGAUGUCCUGCCACCUCCAUCUAACGAGCGAUCUCGCGCCUCUGCAAACUUUGGCAGUUCUUCCGUAAGGAGCUCUCGAUCUUCAUCUUCAAGGUCGUCUACUUUGACAACACCGUCGGUCGUACCUUCCGUUGGAUCAUUCCCCUCUCUCGUGUCGCCGCUGCCGGCACCGCCUCCGUACCAAGGACCGACUUCGCAGCAGAUUGCUGCACGUCAGGUGGUCAACAAAGAACUCCCAGUUUUCACAGGGAAUCCUGUUGACUGGCCGAUCUUUAUCAGCAGUUAUAACCACUCUACGCUGACGUGCGGAUACACCGACAACGAGAACCUGUUGCGACUGCAGCGUGCGAUCCAGGGAGGGCGAGAGAAGAAGUGA